GAGACACUGUGGGCAGUCCUUGGUCGUCAGGUCAGGUUCAAGGUGGCCGUGAGUCAAAGGAGAUGUGGACUCCUGGACCAAGCCGCCACAGCCUCCGCCCAAGACCAGCGACAAGUUCAUCCCGUCAGCUAUGAACACGACGCUGAACGUCACGGGCGCCGGCUGGGACCCGCACCACUUCCCACCGGACAUCGACGGUCAGAACUUCACGGCGUCCGCGGGCGCCGUCGUCUGGACCGGGCCGGUCAUCCAGCGGGUCGCCACCAUCAUCGUCCUGAUGAUCAUGACCCUGGUGGGCAACUGUCUCAUCAUCGUGGUUCUCACGUGUAGCUCGGCCAAGAAGAGGUUCAGCAGAGUCAACUUCUUCAUCCUCCACCUGGCUAUCGGCGACCUGCUGGUGUGUGUCGUCACCAUGAGCACGGAGAUCAUGUUCGUGGCGUUCGGGCAGUGGGUGCUCGGGGAGGCCCUCUGCAAGCUCAUCGUCUACGGACAGAUCGUCACGCUAGCCAGCACCACCUUCAUCCUCAUCGCGCUCAGUUUCGACCGCUACAUCGCCAUCACGCGUCCGUUAAACAUCAACAAGAACUCGACCACCGCGGCGAAGAAGACCAUAGCGUUGGCGUGGUUCCUGGCCUUCCUCUUCGCCGUGCCGCAGCUCUUCAUAUUCGUGCAGGUGGAGCGGCCAGCGCCCGACGGGACGCUGAAGUACGCCUGUGUCAGCCAGGGGUACUCGUCGGAGUGGCAGCGGAAGGUUUACGUGACGUGGCUGGCCAUCUACGUGCUGGUGUGCCCCUCCAGCAUCAUAACGUACUGCUACAUCAAGAUCAUCCAGACCGUCUGGAGAACCGCGUCCGGCAAGGACAUCGAGCGGGACCUGCGCCGGACCGGCUGCAAAACCAUCUCCAGAGCAAAAGUUAAGACGAUCAAGAUGACCCUCUGCAUCAUCAUCGGGUUCGUGACGUGCUGGACGCCGUACUUCGUCGUCACGCUGUACGAGGUGUUCACCGGCAGUAAGCUUCCCGAGGUGGCGUACGUCAUCGCCGAGACCAUGGCCCUCUUCAACUCCACCUUCAACCCCAUCGUGUACGGCUGCUUCAGCCUCAACCUCAAGCAGGGACUGAUCGAGAUCUUCUGUCCCAAGAAGCUGAAGGGAAAGAAACGGAGAAAAGCCACUCCGCUUCUGACGGACGACGUUAUGUUAACUCACAACAGAUCCUCCCAGCUCCGCAGUAGACUACAGAAGAAACUGAGAAAUAAGAAGAACCGGGAGAUGUCGAUAGCGAGUAAGUACGUCUCCUCGACACCGGCCGUGAAGACGGCACCGGAAGUGAUUGAACUGAACAAACGGAAGCAAUCGACAGCUAACGGGGAGAAUGUUGCCAAGGUGCCGCGAAUCUUCAUCAACUGCGACUCUGUUUCCCAGGAGUCAGAAGACAAACAGCGCGUUCAUCAGGCAACCAUAGAACAGAAACCCAGGCCAGAAGUUGUGGCGGUGACGGUGGAUUACCUCCGGGUCAUCCAAAACGUGCUGGAACUGGAGUCUUCAGAGUUUAUCAGCACGUUUGGGGAGACACACGACGAGGGCAGGACGGGCUUAGAUGUUCCCGGCACCGGGCCUGACACGUCCGACCUGUCUGACACGUACCGGGAAUACGAAUCAACCUGUUAG